AAAAGUUAAAUGUGUGGUCUUUUGUUCUAUUCUGAUAAAAAUAUUUAUUAUGAUACCAAAUUUGUGGCUACAAAUAAAUUACGCUGAUAAAAAAUUAAUGUUUGAGGAAGGAUGUGGUGCUCCGCAGCAUGACUAUGACUUUAAAUUGUUAUUUGGGUGCCACAAUGGAGACUGACGAACCUGUGUAUAGGGGCUUCUUACUUUUACCCCCUACUGGAAAACUGAUAAAGAAAAAAGAUAAACGUUACUGUUUACUCUACAAAAGAAGCAGUAGUGGUGUGGGCCGUUUAGAAACCUACGAAAAUGAAUCAAUGACGGGUCAACCAAAAAUUUUUACCUUAGAAGAUGUGAUUAAAAUAACACCAAAACAUGGAAACGUAAUCAAUAUAAUAACCAAAAACUCAGAUAUAGACUAUGGCACGAUGCCAGGCGAAACCUUGGACAAUUGGUUUCAGGCCUUUAAAAGCGUAGCUUUCCCAGAUGAAACUACAUUUUUCAAUGGUAUCGAACAAGAUAAUGAUUUGUAUUGUCCAGCAGAAGAAGGUGUUUUCCCUGUCAAAGUUCUUGGGUCAGAUGCUGCUGAAAGAUGUAACUUGGCCAACAAAAGCUUCACUCUUGUAAUAACAGCAUCAGCACUUCAGCUGCGCAACGAAAAAAAGAAAUUAUUAUACACAUGGCCUUUCAGUUACAUCCGAAAAUAUGGCUACAAUAAAAGUGGACAGUUUACAUUUGAGGCUGGCAGAAAAUGUGCUUCAGGCGAAGGAUUGUUUUAUUUGGAAAAUCCCAAUCAUGAAGAUAUUUACAAGUGUUUAUUUGCUAGAAUGAAAAGCAUGAAAAAGCUCCUCAAUGCAGAAUCAAUGUCAUCUUUAAUCGAUUCUAGUGAUAUGCUUCAAGUGGCUUCAUUUAUGGAACCUGGCUCUAGAAACCCUUUACCACCAUCAAUGUCGACACGAAGUUCCUUCCGUGAAUCCACCCAAGCCCUAAUUUGUUCCUCGUCUGAAAGUCUUUUUCCAUUAAAAACUAUCCCUAAAAAACCCCCUAGGAAAACUUUGCCUUUCUGCAAAAAUGCGCCAACAGUUAACUUAGAUAUUGGGACAGAGUAUGUCUAUUUUCCACAAAAAUAUGAUACUGUUGAAAGUAGGAAAGACGCUUGGAAAACUAUGGGUGUUGAAAUUCCUCUUCAUUCUGAAGCCGUACCACCUGCCGACUCCGAACCAGUUUAUUGUUCUUGGGGCGACGCACCCACAACCCCGUUGAGACAAAGUAAAAAAGUGCCAAACAAAAGUAUUGAAAAUCUGACUGAGAGCAUUUACGAAAUAGAUUUAACAGAAAAAACCACUGCACCUACUGUGAUACCAGAAGAUUUACAAUUGGAAGGCUUAGACGCCAGUUAUGACCAUUUGAAUUUUUUCGGCCAAUCUAGCGUUAUAACCAGCUCGGACUAUAAGCAAGUGAUAACCCCUACGUCUGGCAAUAAAUCGCAACUCGAUUUAGAUUUGUAUGAAGAAGUUAACGUUAUGGAAGCCGCAAGGUCUGCCGACGAUUCGCAUUUAGGAUACGCCAUGAUUAAAAAAAACAACAGCAAUAAUGCCUACGAAGAAUGUGAAAACGAUAGGGUAGCGCAUCAGUUGAAAAAUCAACAACUCUAUGCGGUUAUUAGUAAACCAAAACGGGUCUAGUCCAAUUUUUUUUGCAAAUGAUGCCAUUUUUUAUAGUUUUCUGUUAAUUUGUGACUGUUGAUUUUGAAAAUGUUUCUUGCAAAAACGGAAUUUUUUUAAAGGAUCUGUGAUAUGAAACUUAAAUAAUCGAACUUUUGUGUACAGAUUUUUAUAGGGUUUUUUCCUUGACUUAAAGUAGUUAUCACAAAUUCUAGUGGUAAAUUAAUAAUAUAGUUUUUUUUUUAUUUUGCAUAAAUGUGUUCUUAAUGAGAACACUCAGGUGUUUUUGAAAUAAAUUCAAAAAACUUUUCCGCAUUGUGACUGAGCCUUAAAUGCUCAUCAUUGCUUUUAGAAGAAAAAAGCAAAGCGAUGAGUCUUUCAACUUUUGUAGCAAAAUCCGUCCAAUUUGUAGCUUCAAGAUUUUUGAAGCUUCAUAGAUUGUGAGUUUACCAUUAUUGUUACAUUUGAAAUUUCCUGCCAAAUCAGUUUAUAUUGUCCUUAUUGUAUUGUCAGUAUUUUUUUUUUAAAGAUAAUUCUUAGAUUAUCUUGAUUUUUAAGACUAAAUUUUAAACCAAUAAUUAUUAUUCCUUAGUUUUUAGUUGAUUAUUAUUAUUAUUAUUAUUAUAAUACCAGGCCUACAUCACUUUUUGUUUGUGUAAAUCUUGUAAAGUCUGUCGAUUUUAAUCUGAUACUCCAAAUUAGGAAUGUGAGCUGGUGACUCCCUACAUUAGAACGCCAAUGGUCACCUGACGUCACACCUGUUUUUUCACUCCCUCGCUCCUCAUACGGAAAAUGUCAGUUUAAAAACGACGGACAAUAUGUAUUAUUGUGCUGCCAUAUAUUUUGUUAAUUUAAUAAUUGUGACGGGAGUUCGCACAAGUAUUGCCAUUUUUGUAUAAUUUUAUUUUUGAAAAAUGUGCGAAUUUUUGAGUAUUAAGUAUUUUCAUGUGUUAAAAAAUAAAUAAUUUUCG